AUGGGAGGCUGGUUGAUCAUCUGGGUCGGCUUGAUCGUCGCCGGUCUCGCUGCGGGCGGGUUCAUCUCGGUGCGCAAGGGCGAGAACCAAGUGUCAGUCCGGGGCCACCGACUGGCUUGUACGCGAUGGCACAGCACACAGCGCACUGACCUGUCCCGUCUCGAUACAGUGUGAUCCGAACGAGCAUCCUCUUGGUCGUCACGUGCUGCUACCUCAUGCAAGUCCCCAGCGUACGCAAGCGGGCAAACAAAGACCGUCCGAAGCUGACCCGGGUCGUGCUCCCCGACUCUGCUGCAGGUGGGCCAUCACCUACCUGGCCCAACUCAAUCCUCUCAUUCGUCAGUUUGCUCCCAACCAAGCGUGGCUGCGCAAACUGA